AUGUCUUCGCGUCUGAGUCCGAAAAAUUCGGAACUGACCGCGUUAGAACAGAGAGGUUACGUGAUCGGCAAGAAGAUCGGUCAAGGCUCUUACGCGACUGUGCACAUCGCCGAUUAUUUCGGCGCACCAUCGAACAAUUCGGGGAACUCGAGUCAAGUGAAGAAGAUGCGUUUGGCAUGCAAGAUAUUCGACAAGGAGAAGGCGCCCAAGGACUUUUUGGAGAAGUUCUUUCCUCGAGAACUGGAAAUACUGAUGAAGAUCGAGAACCCGCACAUCAUCCAGGUGCACAGCAUCUUGAAACGUGGUCCGAGGGUGUUUAUAUUCAUGAGAUACGCCGAAAACGGCGACCUGUUGGACUUUAUCAAAAAGAACGGCGUCGUUCCCGAAUCGCAGGCCCGAGUGUGGUUCCGUCAGAUGGCGAGCGGCUUACAUUACUUGCACAACAAGAACAUCGCGCAUCGCGACCUCAAGUGCGAAAACGUGCUCUUGUCGAAACGGUACAACGUCAAGUUGGCCGAUUUCGGCUUCGCCCGCUUCUGCUCCGACUCGGAGAACAAACGCACCUUGUCGCAGACGUAUUGCGGUUCUGCGGCCUAUGCGGCGCCGGAAGUCGUCCGGGGGACCCCGUACAAUCCGAAGAUGGCCGACGUUUGGUCCCUGGGCGUCAUCCUGUUCAUAGUGUUGAACGCCUCCAUGCCGUUCGACGACGCGAACCUGAGAAAGCUGCUGAAGGAUCAGAUGACCAAAAACUGGGUGUUCAGGUCUCGCGUCAAAGACAGAGUGUCUCCGAUCGCCAAGUCAUUGGUUCGUCAACUCCUCGAACCCGAUCUGACGCUUCGACUUACCCUGGACCGCGUCGUCCAACACGAAUGGCUGAAACAGACGAAGAAACCGAGACUGAUGGAGAAGGAAGGGAUCGUGGCCGGUGAUUUUCAGUCGCCGGAGAACAAGAGGAGCGAGAUGCGCAUCGGGAUGGACGCUUGAUUUGAUUUUCAUCCACCUUUUCAUUUAUUUCAUUUUUCUUAUUUCUGGGGUAAAUUUUAGUGAAGUUGGGCUUCGACAGUUUGAAUGAUAGAUUUGAUUGAUUGAUUGAUUGAUUGAUUGCUGAAUUUGUCAUGCGGUAAAUACACACCUUUAUAAAAGUUGAAUUUGUUUUAGUUGUAAUUGUCAAAAGUGACUUUUGUCAUUUUCAAGUUUGGAACGUUAAAAUUAAUAAAAAAAUUAUCCAGUAGAGAACAUUGAAUAUGGCAGACGACGACGAACGCGAAUCGGGCAGCGAAUACGACGAACUGAACGAAGAACAAGAGCCCGAAACGGAAGGAGAACUCGAAGAAGAGGAAGAAGAACAUUCCGUUUGCGACGAUUGCAACGGAGGACCGGGUGUCUUCGGAGCGAUCGUCGAUUGCGUUAGAAUGGUAUACACGACCAAGUACUACUGGGACAUUUUCAAAAGCACGCUCAUUUUCAUGUUGGCCUGGAAAAUGACGAGGGAAUCCAGGAAGAUGGUGAUACCGCUCAAGUAUCACGUGCCAUUCAAUAAUAUGUUUUGAUUUCGAUUGGAACCUUUAGAAAAUUUUCACACAGGAUGUUUUUUCUGUAUAAUAAUAAUAAUAA